CUAACAUUUGAAGGUGUCUUUGUUCCCACCGAAUCAGCAGGAAUUACUCUGAUGGUGUCCUGAGAGCCACAGCUUGAAUAGGAACGACAGAGAUGAUUUGUAAAUCUUUCCUCAACGACAGCGAACUCACACGUUCCAGCAAAAACUGUACUCUGGGGUCUUAAUUUUUAUUUCUAACAGGCUCUGAAGCAUUUUGCUUUCACAAGACACCGCUGGGGACACAUGUCAGUCGGCCACGUCCUUCCCAGCCCCCACGGACAAGUCACCAACCCUUAGGAAAACACACCCGGCUAGGCGGGUGUGGGCACCCACGGAGCUGCAGCCACCCCUGACUUCAGCGUGCAGCGAAGCUAAAAACGGAGACACGAAGCCUCAGCAAAAGGCUUAAAAAACAAGCCCCAACCUCCUCGCCGAGCCGCCCGCAGGCUCCCGGAGCUUCCACCCUCGGCCCGGUACCAGCGCAGGGGCAGGAGGGCUGAAGGCUGCCCCGCUCCCCGGCUGUGUCCCGGCGUUUCCUCAGCGCUCCGGGGGCACGGAGAGGUCCCGGUGGCCCCGGCCCUGCUAACGGCGCCCCAGGGACUCCGUGGCCGCCCUGAGGCUCUGGCCAGCGCCCCUCAGCCCUCGGGAGGCGGGGGUCUCGCAGCCGGACGGCUCCGCGACAGCUCGCCGGGGGUACCACGGCUGUGGAUGCGGGGCUGGCGGUGGUAGUCGGGCUGUUGGUGUGUUCCGAGCCGCGGGCUGUGUCACACCGCGCUUCUACCGCCACCGCUGCUCGGUUUCCUCCGCUGUGGGAGGGUGUUUGGGGCGGGAGGUGCCUGAGUAUCCGCGGCGCUACUUUCCAUACGGAGCCGCCGCAGCCGCUCCCCGCCUACCUACGCCGCCCCCGGGCCGGCAGAGAGGAAGGAAGGAGUCGGGAGCAGGGUGAGAAGGCAGCGCUCACCAUCACUCCCGGCGGGUUCCCCAGCGCUGUGGCGAAUCUGCCCCAGCUAACGCGGAGGCCUCAGCGAGCGGGACCUCGCCGCGGGGUUCGAGAGGGCUGGGACGGAGCCGCCUGGAAACCGCUGUGUGCCGGUGAAAACUCUGGGAAAGCCUGUAAAGGAGGAGCCCCAGGGGACCCCCAGCCUCAAGCCAUGGCCGUACCUGUUGCAGUUCUUGACUGUGACCUCUUGCUCUAUGGCCGUGGGCACAGGACUUUGGAUCGCUUCAAGCUGGAGGAUGUCACAGAUGAGUAUCUAAUAUCCACGUACGGAUUUCCCCGGCAGUUCAUUUACUACCUGGUGGAUCUGCUGGGAGCCAGUCUCUCCCGUCCUACCCAGCGUUCCAGGGCCAUCAGUCCAGAGACACAGAUCCUUGCUGCACUGGGAUUCUUUACCUCUGGAUACUUCCAGACACGAAUGGGUGAUGCUAUUGGCAUCAGUCAAGCCUCCAUGAGCCGCUGUGUUGCCAAUGUCACUGAGGCACUGGUGGAAAGAGCCUCACAGUUUAUUCGCUUCCCUGAGGAUGAAGUUACUGUGCAGAGCCUGAAGGAUGACUUUUAUGGGCUGGCUGGCAUGCCAGGAGUGCUGGGGGUGGUUGACUGCACCCAUGUGGCAAUCAAAGCACCAAAUGCUGAGGACCUCUCCUAUGUGAACCGAAAGGGUCUCCAUUCUCUGAAUUGUCUGAUGGUGUGUGAUGCCAGAGGAGUCCUUCUGAGUGCAGAAACCCACUGGCCUGGCAGCCUUCCUGACUACACGGUGUUACAGCAGGCAGCUCUUGCAAGCCAGUUUGAAAACGAGCUGCAUAAAGAUGGCUGGCUACUUGGUGAUAGCUCCUUCUUCCUCAGAACCUGGUUGAUGACCCCACUGCACAUCCCUGAGACCCCUGCAGAGUAUCGCUACAACAUGGCCCAUUCUGCCACUCACAACGUCAUCGAGCAGACCUUCAGAACCAUUCGCUCGCGUUUCCGCUGCCUGGAUGGGUCCAAAGGCACCCUGCAGUAUUCUCCAGAGAAAUCCAGCCACAUCAUUCUGGCCUGCUGUGUUCUCCAUAACAUCUCCCUGGAACACGGGCUGGAUGUGUGGUCUUCACCAACCACGGGACACAUGGAACAGCCGGAAGAGGAGUACGAGCAGAUGGAAUCGAUGGACUCGGAAGCCUGUCGUGUUCGUCAGGAGCUUCUGCUUACUCAUUUUAGCUAACACUGUGACUGAAAGAAGGCUCUUAAUGAAUUCACCUGGGCAGAUGUACAGAGGAAAUACACCCUUUGCACUUUAAUUUUGUAAGGACUAAGCAGACAUGAGGCGAGGAGAAAUUUUGCUCUCUUUAUUUCAGGUGAUAUUCUGAACUUCUCUCAUUCUCUGCAUAGAUACAGUUUAAUUGAGAAACUUUUACUGUUGUGAUGCUUAGAGCUGCCCUUUCAUCUAACUUAGAAAAUGAUGGCUAAUGUGAGACAAGUGAAGAAACUUGGGAAUUUGUCUUUGACAACCAUGAAAAAUCUGUGAGCCUUGCACUGUUUCACCAAGCAACAAUUUUAUGCCACUUUGUAACCCAACACACUUCUGAUUGAUUUCUAAACUGUAUUUCACACAAAUUGAACUUCCAUUUGGGCUCAUUUCUACCCUGAUCUUAUAAUCAGCAAAGGAAACAUUGAUCUUUUUGUUUGCAGGUAUGAAUUCUCACUAAAUAUGAUUUCACAGUUUGGCACAUCUCACAAAACCCAGUGAAUUCCUCUGAAAGCUGAGAGUUUUUUUUCUGGAUGUACCUAGAAUGUCAAGAAGGGCUGAAUGUUUCUUCUUUCAGAAACAGACUGGAGAAGGUAUUAAGCUGUCUUGGUGUUGAUUCUGUCUCCUACUUAAAAGAUAUCAGGAAAUGGGCUGGUUAUUGUAAGUCUAGUUCUCACUGGUCUCUUUUUGCCACAACAGCAAUUGUCAAUAAUGACUCAUCUUGGUGGCUGCUGUAAAAGAAGCUGCCUGUGUCUCAAAAACCAAAUUAACUGCAAAAGGUCUUAAUUUAGAGCAGAGCUGGUGUACAGAAAGGCUGCUCUGCCACUGCUGACUAUAGCCAGUAGAAAGAGGCAACUGAUGCGUGCAGUUGUUGCUCAUACAGGACUGGAAAGUUUCCUGGCAAUGUUCUUACUCCAAAAGAUUCAAGUGUUUCCAAGAAUGUCUUGACAGCAGUCUGAGAAAAUUUUGUUUCUUAUGUUUUAUUGCUUACUGGGUAGUAAAUGAGACAAAAGUAGUAGGGAAGGUAAAAAGCUGCACAAAUGUCACUACUUAAAGUAGAAGUGCAGACAUCUGGCACAGCAGGUCUGUCUGUCCUUUUACAGGAAAUGAGCCUGGAUCAUGCCACGUGUUUGAAGACUUAAGAAUGUAUGGGACACAUGCCAAAGUGUAGGAUGGAGAUGCAGGAUUAGAUACAGUUCUGCCAGGUUUGCAAUGACAGUAAGCUUCUAGUAUCUGAAAGAAAACCACAUGUACUUUAUGAUGUAUAAGCAGCAUGUUUUUAUAAGCUUUGAUGAGAAAUGUAACAUAGUAUGUAAAACAAUAUGAGAUGUAAUUUUAUUUUUUUUACACUUCUUCUCAUGGAGCAUUGCAUAAGAACUACUGUUGCUCACUGUGACAGAACCACUGCACCUUUCACCUAGGAAGAAGGUACAGACAAGUUUGGUUUUGUUAUUUUAAAGCAUAUUUAAGGUAAGAAUUGCUGCUCUGUAUGGUGCCUGGUGGCUCAUAAUCAUAUUUGAUGGCAUAUGCUACUGACCUUUAGACCAAAACACCAUCAGACACUGAAUGAACUGUGUGGGUGACACUAAGGUCAAGUGAGACUUGGACACCUGUAGGUACAAACACUGUCAUGUAGUAAGAACUUGGAGUUUCCCAAUAUAUGCUAUGAAUAGCUCUUUUCAGAGUGUGCUGAGACACAGUUUGUCCCACAUACUCCAUCUUCCUUCAAAACAACCUAGACUGUCCUCUUUCCCUUCAGCUUUAGAUAAUAUUUAAAUCUGACAGCAGGAGGUUCAUAUUUCUUUUUUAUUUUUUUUCUUUUGUGCUCCUCUGUCCUUUCACCCUGUCUCACAGCUGCAAUCUGUAGUACUUUAAGUUUGUGCAUUUGAAGAGCUUUGAAAAGGAAACUCAUGAACUCUGACCAUAUCAUGUCUGAUAAAUCUGUUGGAAGAUGACAGUGACUCACUAGUCAAGGUAUUGCAGUUUUCACUGGUUGACUUAAUUCCUUGUAAAACCCCCUCACUGUCCCUUUUCAGGUUUCCUUUAAAACAUCCCCUUGAAGACUCUCUUGCUCUUCUGCCUCUGCUUGCUCCAAUCCUUUGUGUUAAAACAAACCUCAAGCCCUAAAUGUCUGGGGGUUUUUGGCCCUUUCCCUUUACUGCAAAGCACUCAGGCUUGCUCAGGUUUUCCUCCUGCCACCCAGGACCCUCCCAAGGCUCUCACUUCUCCAGCACAGAUGGGGCAGGGGGACAGUGACCUCAACCCCUGCUCCCCCAGGGCUGCCAUGUCCCUUCCCUUGGGAGAGCUGCAGACUCGGCUGUGCUCACCUCUGGAGAUCAAUAAAUAAUCCUAGAAUCAUAGAAUGGGCUGGGUUGGAAGGGACCUCAGAGAUCAUCAAGUCCAACCCUUGAUCC